AUGGGUAAGGAAGAGAAGAACCACAUCAACGUCGUCGUUAUCGGCCACGUCGAUUCCGGCAAGUCGACCACCACUGGUCACUUGAUCUACCAGUGCGGUGGUAUCGACAAGCGUACCAUCGAGAAGUUCGAGAAGGAGGCUGCUGAGCUGGGCAAGGGCUCCUUCAAGUAUGCGUGGGUUCUUGACAAGCUCAAGGCCGAGCGUGAGCGUGGUAUCACCAUCGACAUUGCUCUCUGGAAGUUCGAGACUCCCAAGUACUAUGUCACCGUCAUUGACGCCCCCGGUCACCGUGAUUUCAUCAAGAACAUGAUUACCGGUACCUCCCAGGCCGACUGCGCUGUUCUUAUCAUCGCUGCCGGUGUUGGUGAGUUCGAGGCUGGUAUCUCCAAGGAUGGCCAGACCCGUGAGCACGCUCUGCUCGCCUACACUCUCGGUGUCAAGCAGCUCAUCGUCGCCAUCAACAAGAUGGACACCACCAAGUGGUCCGAGGCCCGUUACGAGGAGAUCAUCAAGGAGACCUCCGGUUUCAUCAAGAAGGUCGGCUACAACCCCAAGACCGUUGCCUUCGUCCCCAUCUCCGGCUUCCACGGCGACAACAUGCUUGCCCCCACCACCAACGCUCCUUGGUACAAGGGUUGGGAGAAGGAGACCAAGGCUGGCAAGUCCACCGGCAAGACCCUUCUCGAGGCCAUUGACGCCAUCGAUACCCCCAAGCGUCCCACCGACAAGCCCCUCCGUCUUCCCCUCCAGGAUGUCUACAAGAUCGGUGGUAUUGGAACAGUGCCCGUCGGCCGUAUCGAGACUGGUGUCCUCAAGCCCGGCAUGGUCGUCACCUUCGCCCCUGCCAACGUCACCACUGAAGUCAAGUCCGUCGAGAUGCACCACGAGCAGCUUACUGAGGGUCUCCCUGGUGACAACGUUGGCUUCAACGUGAAGAACGUCUCCGUCAAGGAUAUCCGCCGUGGCAACGUCGCCGGUGACUCCAAGAACGACCCCCCCUUGGGCGCCGCUUCCUUCAACGCCCAGGUCAUCGUCCUUAACCACCCCGGUCAGGUCGGUGCUGGAUACGCCCCGGUUCUCGACUGCCACACUGCCCACAUUGCCUGCAAGUUCUCCGAGAUCCUCGAGAAGAUUGACAGACGUACCGGAAAGUCCGUUGAGAACAACCCCAAGUUCAUCAAGUCUGGUGACGCCGCCAUCGUCAAGAUGGUUCCCUCCAAGCCCAUGUGCGUUGAGGCCUUCACCGACUACCCCCCUCUGGGACGUUUCGCCGUCCGUGACAUGCGCCAGACCGUCGCCGUCGGUGUCAUCAAGUCCGUCGAGAAGUCCGCUGGUAACGCUGGCAAGGUCACCAAGUCCGCUGCCAAGGCCGGCAAGAAAUAA